AACAAAUCCAUAGGCACCUGAAUUUCGGGAUUUCGACGUCUGACUUCGCACACCUCACCAACGCACGCGACACUCAACAAAUUAAAGACGUCCCCGCCUUAACCCCCCAACCUACGACGACCACACGCCCGGCUUCGACGCGAACCAGGCAGCGGCGCAUCUCUAGAAGCUCGCUGCCCCCCCAACCCUCGAACAUGUGCUACCCCUGACCCGACAACUCUCUCCGAUUUCCUGCGCUGCUCCCGCACACGUCGGGAAUGACCGCGGCGCAAGAAUGGCUAUCGAUCCUCUUCUACCCGUAGGCCCGGCGAGGGUCAAAGCGCUCGUGCUACCCAUCGGCCACAUUACACGCGAGCGCUUCACCGCGUUCGUCAGUCGUCUCAAUGCGGAGAGUGUCGUCUUUCUUCGGGACGUCACCCCUGAUGCCCGGCCGCAUAGGAACAUGUUCUCCCCCUUGGCGUUCCCCGACGGCGCCAUGUUCUACGACCUCAUGAUGCACCACCCUCCCGCCUCCCACCUCUCCCUCUCACCGUUCGAUUUGUUCCGCGAGCCACUCGCCGUGAUCGCCGUGGCCGACGGCGCCGAGCUGCCCCAAGCCGUGUUCAGCAAAAGACAUUCGGGUGGCAAGACCGUCGAGGAAGCCAACAUACGGUCGCUUUACCAGGACUUGGAGGAUUUGAGGGACCGGUAUCCCAAGGUCCUAGCCCAUCAGGUGCUAGUCUUCGACUACACGCCGGCGAAGGAGGAUCCCCUACCGAUACCCGAGGGCAUUGUUACCAUCCCGCCCGCCGAACAGUCCAAACGAACCACGAUGAAGACGGUCAUGUGCGAUAUUUCGGCCCUAAUCCUGGCUGAGAUGACCACCCUUGCCAAAUCGUACGAGGGAAUGUCGUUUAUAGACUCCCCAGGACAAUCGUCAGGCCACCAGAUGAGUGCAAUGGACGAACCUACGGGAGCUCCGAGGAGGAAUUCGCAGUUCUCGUUGCCGGUGAACCGAUCUGCCUCUACAAGCGGACUUCCUGACCGGAGCCGUGUUCGCGCGUCCAUGCCGCCCGUCCCCUCCAAAGGGCAACUGCCAGGCUCGGCCGAUUCCACGCCCAGUGCCCGGCCUACUACCCCUGUGGGCAGCAACAAGCCUCUCCCCUCCCCGCCAUCCACGUUUGAAAACAUCAUCGGACCCAUGACGCCGAAUAGCCCUGAGCAGGUCGGUCUUUCGCGCCCCGACACAAACGACAGCUUUCGAACGCAGAGUCAAGACCGAGUGUCAGUCCAAGGGUUCGGUCCCGGCGGGCUCAACGAGAGAUGGAGGAGCAAAGGGAGGUCGCGGGUCCAGGUCGUGGUCGGGUCGCUCUAUCUCCAGGCUGGCUUGUGGAACAACGCGCUUAAGGAGCUCACCGAGGCCGCCACGAUAGCAAAGUCAAUUAACGACCAUCUUUGGCACGGGAAGGCCCUCGAGCUCACCCUUAUCAGCCUCCUGCUGCUGGGCUGGGCCGGUAUCGAGUUCCGCGUCCCCAGCAUCCUGCUCCCGCCACACGACAAAGGGAAUAACUCGGCAAUGGCCCUACAAGAAGCCGAGGCGAGAGAACCUAACCAGCCUCCGUGGUUAAGAAACCUCCAGGUGCACAUGCCCGAGUUGCUGGACCGCAUCAUGGGCCUGUACUCGAGGAUAUCAGCCGAGCACCUGCCACCACUGCCUCACUCCGAAGCCAUCAUCCGGUUCUGUAGGAUGUCGGCAGCCAUCCACACCGCCCACGGCCAGAUCUGCCGGGAAUCGCUCGAGAUGAUCGUGUUCGGCGUCCCGCCCCGGACGCCCCUGACCACGUCGCCCCGCUUCACCAUCCAGCCCACGCGGACGCAGAUCGUCACGACGCUGUUCCGCGCGUUCCCCACUUCCUCGUCCGAGCUGCUCACCACCGUGGACCGGGUCGUCAUCCUCAGCGGGAUAGCGUCCGUGCUGGGGCAUCUCGGGUUCCAGCGCAAGAAGGCCAUGGUCGUCAGGGAGCUUGUCUCGGUUCUGGUGGGCGGUCUGGUCGAGGCGCGCACCCGCGGUGCCGCUGAUGUGGGUAUCCACCCCGCGGCCGGGCUCGUUGGGCUUAAUGGCGCCAGCGCCCGGGACGGGGCGGGCGGGGUGUUGGAGCUUGCUGAGGGGGAUGUUGAGCACGGGAUUGAUUCGUUUCUGGGGCUCUUGAUGAAGACGUAUGGUGUUGUUGGCGGCAACACGCUGGGAGACGGGGAGGACAGUUCGAACGAGGCGCUCGUGGGGAGGAUUCAGAAGCAGUCAGCUGCGAGAUAUUUCGGCAUGCAGAGCGUGAAGCUUAACAUUCUUCGGGCAUGCAUUAACUUCUCCGAGGCGUUGCCGGACUUUGCUGGCGUGCUGAAAUACUCCAGCGAUCUGCUUCGAACUGCUGGUAGUGGCAUUGCUCCCGGGCCGCGGAGAGAGAAUGCCUACCCCUCAAUAACAAGGGAGGAGCAAGUUCGCUUGGUCGCCAACGUUCUGAAGACGUCCAGUUUGUCCAAACGCCUGGGUAUUGGCAACUUGACGGCCGAGUACUGGGACGAGUUUCUCCUCCGGGGGGUCACUAUGGAGGCGCUUCCACCGACGAGGACGCCCGUUCCACAUGCGAAGACCGUCCUGCCCGGCAUAACAACCACCCGAAGCUCCCAGGACGUCGAUCCAUUCAUCUACAACCCAUUUUUAAAGCGGCCCGACACCGCGACCGUGGACCGCACCCUGGUAGCCGGCGAGCCGACGAACUUCAGGCUGACCCUCCAAAACCCGUACGAAAUCGAGCUCGAACUAGAGAGCAUCCGGCUCGACACGGAGGGGGCCGAGUUUGAGUCGGCGGUCGAGACUACCGCCAUCGGCGCGUACCGGACGCAAAUCAUGAGGAUAUCUGGCACGCCAAAGAGUGCAGGGACGGUCAAAGUCACGGGUGCGCUCAUCAAGGCCCGCGGGUGCCGGGAGAGGAGGUUUCCCAUCUUUACUGACCCGUGGGCGCCUGAUGAUGCGGUCAAGAUCAAGGCGAUCGGACUGGGCGCGCUCGAUGUGAACGCUGCGGCCGUAUCGCCUGCUAUUGAGCGGCUCAAGCCAGAGCAUAUCGAGCUCAAUGUUAUUGCACCGCAGCCUGUGGUGAUCGUUAAGUCGUCGACGCUCCCGCAGUCCUCGGUCAUGAUUCUCGAGGGCGAGCGUCAAUGCUUUUCUGUUACGUUACAAAACCUUUCUACUACCACGCCGGUGGAUUUCCUGCUCUUCUCCUUCAAGGACUCGACGCAGGAGCCCUUGCAGUUGGCGCUGGGUAACCGCGACGCCACCGCCACGGAAUUAUACGAGUACGAACUUGUGCUAGCCAAGAAGCAGCCACUCCGGCUGAAGAACCGCGGCGAUAGUAAGAGGUUUAUCGCCCCCGGCCAGACGGCAACGUUCGACUUUGAAAUACUCGGUAGACCGGGCCUCACGCACGGCCUCAUCCAGGUCGACUACGCGCAUCUCGGUGUACCACACGACGAAGUGGCCGAGAAGUUCUACACACGGCAGGUAUCGAUGGAGCUCACCGUUACUGUCAACGCCAGCGUCGACAUCACCCGCGUCGACGUCCUCCCGCUCACCGGCAGCAUUCCAGCGCCGCUCUGGUCCCGCUCCACCACCAACAACGACGACCAGUCCACCCCGCCCCCCGACCUCACCGCCGACACCCACUGCCUCCUCCUCCUCGACCUCCGCAACUCCUGGCCCAGCCAGAUGACCAUCAACCUCUCCUCCUCCCCCACCUCCACCUCCACCGAUGAACCCCUCGACGCCCAAGCCGUCAUCGAGGUCGAGGAGCACAUCCUGCCCGGCAACACGGCGCGCGUCGUGCUGCCGAUCCGGCGCGUCUACCUCGAGGACCCGCACGCCUUCGUGCCGGCGCUCAACCCGGCGCGCCAGCGCCAGUUCGUCGUCAGCACCAAGAUCGCCCCCGAGGCCGAGCGCGCCAGCCGCGAGGCCUUUUGGUUCCGCGAGCGCGUGCUCGACGCCCUGACCGCUCGCUGGCGCACUGCUGCCGGGCCCGGUUCGGCCGCGACCGGCUUUGCCUCCUCCUCCGGGGGUGGUAGUGGUAGGGGUGGUAGGGGUAGGGGCAGGGAGGGGGAGGUCGACCUGCGCGCGGUGCGGUUCUCGCCGCGCAUGGUCGAGGCCGUGCGCGUGGACGAGGUGGACGUGGCGAUCGCGGUGGUGGACCCGGCGACGGGGGAGGCACUCACGCCAUUCUCCUCCUCCUCUGGCAACAAUGGCAACAACAGCAACAGCGGCAGCGGCGGCGGGCGGUUCGUGGUCGACGUCGACGCCUUCCUGCAGCUGCGCGUGCGCGUCACCAACCGCUCCGCCCGGCCCGUCCACCCGCUGCUGCGCCUCACCCCGGUCCUCUGCCACCGCCCCUUCAACGUCUCCCUCGACUUCACCCGCAAGAUGGCCAAGUUCGCCUGGAACGGAAACCUGCAGCAGGCGCUGCCGCUGCUCGAGGGCAACGGCGGCGUCGCCGAGGUCACCAUGGGCGUCACGGCGCUGUGCCGGGGCGAGUUUGAGGUCCUGGGCAGCGUGGAGGAGGCCAGGCUGUGGGUUGAUCCCGAGGAGGUGGCGAGGGAGCGGGAGCGGGAGCGCGAGGAGGGCGGGCGCAAGGGUGGGAAGUCGGAGGCGGAAGCGCAGGUCAUGAUUUUGGGGGCCGCGCUGGGCAAGAGGGAGCGCAGGGUGUGGCAUGCGAGGAGGGGGUGUCGGUUGGUGGUGCGUGAUCGGUUGGAAAGGUAAGUGGGGGAACUCGACUCACUUACUUGGUAGGGGGUGUUGGUUGGUUGGUUGGUUGGGUAGUGGGAAAAGGGGGUGUGUACACAGCAAGGAGUGUGGAACGUGUGCAUAUGUUAUGUCUGGGCCAUGAUGAAGAUGGUUUGGUGCUGUGGAGCGUAAUGACUGGAAUAUACCAAUGUUAUCUAUGUCCGUCUGACUGCUUGACUCUAUUGCCAAUAUAUUGCCUGUUCUUCCCUAAAUCGAUGAAGGGAUAGGCAGCCAUGCAGUUUUCACAAGGGCCAUACCCCAUACUUGGAAAGGUACUUGGGCGUUUCUAGGGGGUUAGGGUUAAAGGUGGC